AUGUCUAUGAUAUCUGCCAAUCGUUACACAGCUUGCUACCGCUGCCACUCACAGAAGCUGCGAUGCACCCGUGCUGUAGGGCAGGAUGCAUGCCUGCGAUGUGCUCGCGCCGGUGCCUACUGUGUGAUGCGUCCCUCGAAGCGGCAGCAGCAGAAGAGGCCGUCGCUGGACCCAGAACAAUCAUGCAUCGCAGGACAUGACUUGCAAGCACCCAUAAGCAACUCUGGCAACUUUGCCCAGCCUCUCAAGCAAGGUAGUGAGGCUAGCGGUGUACAUACCUCGGCGCGCGUUGAUGCUGGCGAUGGCACGUCGCCGCUGCCUGCGCAAGACAUUAUUUCAGCAUGGGGCGACCCUGUUGUUCUGAGCGCUGAUGACCUUGUCAUGCUCGAUUGCAACUUUUAUCAGCAUCCCGAUGCCGCCGAUGCAUCAGCUGAUGCAGCUGAUGCAGCUGAUGGCGACUACGGCAGUGUAUCAGUAAGCUCGACUGCGCCGUCGUCAAAGACCCAGCCAUGCCAGCAGCUAGCGUUGGCAGCUAUCGAGAGCCCGACCUCGUGGGUCUCACGAUGCUUUGUGCUGCGAAAUAAGCUCGAUGGCAGUUAUAAAGACCACGCGAUAUUUGCGAUGCAGCAGCAGAUGCAAGGCAACGACCAAGAUACCUUGGCCAUCUCGGAGAUUACUUCAGACGGCGAGACGGUCAAUGUAGCGCAAGGCGAGAGAAUGCGAUGCUUGUCCCAUCAUGCCAUUAGCCCGUGGUCGUUGGAUCAGUCCGUUGAGCUGGCGCAGGAUCUUCUCUGCCUUAUCGAACAGCUCGAAAAGGCGCACGCAAGUCAGAGACGCCCAUUGUUAGGCAGCGCUUCGUUUUCGAAAGCUUCCAACAAUCUUCUUUUGCUAUCCUGCCACUCCCAGCUUGCCGGGACGCUACACGCCAGCCUUGACUGGAUCGCCGACAUUAUCGCCAACAAGAAAAGGACUGCCAAGAUUGAAGAUGUGCUAGCCCGACUGGAACCUGUGCUGCCGUGCAUACGUAUAGGCUCGGUGCGUCUCAAGACGACGCUCCAGGCGCAGCUAAUCGCCGUCAUGGGUACGCUCAAGUCGCAGGCCGUGGAGAUUAGGCGUCGGAUGGCGUCAGUCUUGGGCCCAUCACCACGACUGAGUAGCAUGGAGGGGCAGAUGCUAACAAGGCCAGACAAGGCAGAUGAUGACGAUGACGAUGACGAUGACGAAACUGCUAAUGUGGAAACACUUGUCGAUCCGACACUAUGUAAAGGUGCUGCUGCGGAUAACGGACUGAUGAACAUUGUUGACGAGUUGGAUAAUUUACUGAUGCGUGGCAUCGACAAGCUUAGCAACCUCUUGGUUGAGACUUGA